AUGAAGCUAAUGAUCAUGACAUCGAAGAAGCAGAGAGUCUCAUGCAAUAUGGAAUUAUUAGCAUUAAUGUCGACAAUUUUGAACAAAGGCGUUACUCACGAUUUAGUAACAAAGGAACAAUUACAACGACUUUAUAAGAAGGAAGUGAACUCAUAUUGCAUGAUGCUGUUGAGUGAAUCGCCCUUUAUUUGA